GGAAGCUGUAAAUCUGGCAACCAGCACGCUACCGAAGAGGCGCUGCAGCAAGAAAAUAAUAUAAACCUGAAAACGCUCCACAAAACAGAUCAGCACGGAUUUCCUGUGGGAUAAGCGAACUGGCUUGGCUGCUAAAACGAUGCCUCACUCUCGGCGAUAUCCAUCUUCGGAGCGGGGCAGUCAUGGGAGUUACCGGAGCCGAUAUCGGAGUCGUAAGCACCGGCGCAGACGGCGCACCCGGACCCGAUCUAGAUCCAGCUCCUCUGGAUACCAGAGAGAGAGAAGCCGCAGCAGGAGCUACAGCAGAGAUCGCAGAGAGAGGAGAGGAGGUCGCAGGAGAGAAAGCAGUUAUCAGCGUUCCAGAAGCUAUGAAAAGCGUUCAACUGAUCGAAGGCGUUACUAUGAUGAUGAUGAGCGGCUGAAAUAUAGCUGUGCAGGCCGCAGUGUGGCGGACUCCUAUUAUACACACAGCAGCUUUACCCGACGCUCUCAUGAACGUGUGCAUGAGCGAGGAAGCAGAGGGCAGCGUGAAGAGAGAAGCAGUAGGACAGGACGCAGACACCAGCGCCGCAGAACCAGGACGAGAAGUCACUCUAGAAGCCGCUCUCGCAGCCAGAGCCAGUCUUUAUCGUCGCGAAGUGACAGUCGGGCGCGGGCGUCAGCUGUUCAGGACGAUGAGGAGGGUCACCUGGUUUAUCGGGCAGGAGACGUACUGCAGGACAGAUAUGAGAUUGUGAACACGCUGGGGGAGGGCACCUUCGGCAAGGUGGUGCAGUGCACCGACCAUCACAGGGGAGGUUCUCGUAUUGCUCUGAAGAUAAUUAAGAAUGUGGAGAAGUAUAAAGAGGCAGCACGGCUGGAGAUCAACGUUCUGGAGAAAAUAAGAGAAAAAGACCCAGAAAACAAGCAUCUGUGUGUGCAGAUGUUUGACUGGUUUGACUAUCAUGGUCAUAUGUGUAUCAGCUUUGAGCUGCUGGCCCUCAGCACCUUUGAUUUUAUGAAGGAGAACAACUAUCUGCCCUACUCACUAAGCCAGGUCCGCCACAUGGCCUUCCAAAUCUGCAUCGCCGUCAAGUUUCUCCAUGACAACAAGCUGACGCACACAGAUCUGAAGCCGGAGAACAUCCUGUUCGUCAGCUCAGACUUCAUUACAAACUACAACACAGAAAAGAAACGAGAGGAACGUUCGGUGAAGGACACAUCAGUCAGGGUGGUUGAUUUCGGCAGUGCUACUUUUGACCAUGAGCACCACAGCACGAUAGUCUCCACACGACACUACCGUGCUCCUGAGGUUAUUCUAGAGCUGGGUUGGAGUCAGCCUUGUGACGUCUGGAGUAUCGGCUGCAUUCUGUUCGAGUAUUACCUUGGAUACACACUAUUUCAGACGCAUGAUAACAGAGAGCAUUUGGCCAUGAUGGAGCGAAUACAAGGACCAAUUCCCUCCAGAAUGAUCCGCAAAACUAGGAAGCAGAAGUAUUUUUACCGAGGCAGGCUGGACUGGGAUGAGAAUUCUUCAGCAGGAAGAUACGUCAGAGAGAACUGCAAACCUCUGCGACGGUACGUGUUGUCUGAGGCAGAGGAGCAUCACCAGCUGUUUGAUCUAUUGGAGGGUAUGCUGGAGUAUGAGCCUGAGCGUCGCCUCCUUCUAUCCUCCUGCCUGCGCCAUCCCUUCUUCUCCUGUCUCCGAGACGCCGAGCAUUCCUCCAGCGGCAGCCGCGAUGUCAGCCGGUGACCUUCGACCUUACCUGUCUGUCCUCUACCUCACCUUCUGCUGUUCUUCCUGAGCCGUCCACAUACUCUGCCAUCUGUCUCCGCCUCUCGUGCUCUCUAGCCCCACCUCUCCGUGUCAAAGGCUCCUCCUCCUCGGUCAUUUUUUGCUUCCAUCUCUGCCAUCCUAAUGGGCUCCAUCUACUGCUCCUUGCGGGACAAUACGAUCAGUUGAACAUGAUGAUGACUGUUCUGACCAGUCCGGGGAUUCAGAUGUGAGGAGGGGAUCCGUCUGAUUGAUGGAAGAAGUGGAGAUGAGGAGGUUUUUGUUUGUUUGUUUGUUUGUUUGUUUGUUUGUUUGUUUUUGAUUAAAGGCGCUCAGCACUAAUUGGUGCUGAUUGGUGGAGGAUUGCAAUGACCUGAUCACUGCCCUUGACAGCAGCCAGUCAGACUACAGACUGUUCCAUCCCCCAGCCUGGCUGGUCACUUAGAUGAAUGACUGCUUUGGUCUGCCAGGACCAUGGUCAUCUUCACAAAGAGGAAGGAUGACAACUAAAGUGAUAAUACACACACACAGGAACACACAAACACACUUUCAAACCUCAGAUCUCGGUGUCUUGUUACUUUUUUUUUUGUCUGCGUGUAAUUUUUGACUGUCUAUCUGACACACACACACACACACACACUCACACACACGUUGGCAGUAUUUAUUUUAAAGAAACUGACCUGCAUUUUUGUAUGAAAUGAGUUAUAUAUGUAAAUACUGCAAAAGCUUCUCUACAAUAAAACAAUCUUUCUUUA